UCUCUGGUCAAGUGCAGUCGUCGGCGCUUGAUUAAAUCCUCGAAUCUUCCUUCGUUUAGUCUCAACCUUUGAGGUGUCUCUUUACCAACUUCAUCAUGAUGAAGUUCUACGUUCUGUGCGCCCUUGUGGCCUUCGCCUCAGCCCAGCCAGCCAAAACCGACUUUUGGAAAGGCACCAGCAUGGAUACGAUGGUGGACCAGAUGAAAAGUGACUGUGCCCAGAAAAACGACGAGAUUUCUUGCAUGAAGUUCAAGGUCCUCAAUCUUUUGGAUCAGAUCUUUCGCAAGGACAGCUUUAAGGUAUCAGAGACCGUCGAGGUGACACGCAACUCCUACCCCGUCGAGGAAGUGUCUGCCCGCAGUGAAGGCUCAUUCCUCGAGACCAUCCAGUCCUACUUGGCUUCCCACGACGUUACUUUCAAGCUUCCCUUCGAGUCUUCAGUUAAAGUCAGCCCCCGCAACAUUGACGAUGACGAGCUUUCAUUCAACGUCAAGUUCGGCGAAGGUCGCGCCGUCCAGGAAGCCCGUAAAUCGAAACUGAAGAAAGUCAUUAUCCCCAUUCUCGUAUUCGUCCUGUUGAAGGCGAUGACCCUCAUUCCUUUGGCCAUCGGUGUCCUCGGACUGAAAGCCUGGAACGCACUUCAGCUCUCGUUCUUCAGCUUCGUCGUUUCUGUUGGCUUGGCUAUCUUCCAGCUGUGCAAAAAGAUCGCUGCUGACAGUCACGCCGCUCCUCUCGCUGCUCAUGGACCCUGGGAGUACCAGGCUGCCCAGUACCGUGCCUUCGACGAGACCCAGGCCGUCCCCCAGGAGACCGCUCAGGACCUCGCUUAUGCUGGAUACGUCCAGAAUGGCAGUGACAUAAGGUCGCACGCACGCCAGUUGUAUCAUAUUCCGGAACUUGCCCAGCUGAUCCAAACUAAGCCCGUUUAUGACAAACGCGCAACCACCAGCUCCGGGAUGUUUUCUCUAGACGUACCUGCUUACCAUAAUCGAGACUCAAGAGUCAGCCCCACGCCUGCCGAGAGGUUCGUGAGGCCCAGAAGGCCCGCAAGGUCCGACACGUGCUUUACAAAUGGAAAACGCGCAGCGUUGGUUGUCACCGACAUACCAACAUGGAGCGAGGUUCCGCUUCCCGUCGUACGCCAUGGGGCGGGCCACUCCUCCGUCAGUCGCAGUUCAAUCGUCGAUUGUGCUCAACGGUCGAUCGAUCGACCUUCUCUGGCUAAAGACACGGUGACCCGCAAGAAUACACUCCUCAGGAUUACGACAAGUCACUUUUCAACAGCAGGAAAAAUGCGUUUACUCACAUUCGUAGCCUUAGUGGCAAGUGCCGCGGCGUCGCAGGACUUCCUAUCGACCUCCUUGAACCACUGCAUCAACGCGGAAUCAUGGAGUUCUUGUUUCAAAAGCGAGGUCCUUGGAUACAUGGACGAAAAAUUGGGCACCACGACUGAGGCCAGAUCCUUGGACACCGUUGACGAAGCUGUGGUGGCGAGGACCUUCAAGUACCUUAAGAGCUUCGACUACGGAAUCGACAUUCCCUUUGCCGAUGCCAGUCUCAAGUACCGACCCAGCAGGAGCCUCGCUGACCUUGACAUCGAAUUCAAGGACAAUGCUGUAGCUACAAGCCAAGCUCGUGGUCUCCUCAAGAAGAAACUUCUUUUCCCAUUCCUCCUGCUUCUUAAAUUGAAACUGAAGGCUUUGAUGCCAAUCUUCGUCGCCAUCAUCGGUCUCAAGGCUCUCAAGGCUCUGGUACUAUCGAAAUUGGCCAUCUUGUUGGUCGUUGGAUUCAUCGCCGUACAAUUCUUCAAAAAGGGAGGCAUGGCUAUGCCGAUGGGUAUGUCAAUGGAUCCAGCUUCAGUCUUGUAUGGAGCACCCGCUACCCCAUCAACGACCUCAAGUUACGACCCCGCGAACACGUGGGACGGAAACGGGCCCUAUUCCCGAGUGUGGACCCCAACCAGUGGAGUAGAAGCACAGAAUCUGGCGUACAACUACUACUCCGGAAGUGGUUCGUCAAGUGCACAAUCGUCCUACGGAUCACCGUCAAGCUCCUCCAGCUCGUCGUCAAGCUCGACUAACUAUUAAGGAACUGUCAGCAAAUCGGCGUUUGUUUCGAACCGGUAAACGGUGUCUUGAAAAUUGAUUAUUAUCGACAAACGAUUCCUCCGAUUAUACAAUUAUUGCUCAAACGAAAUCCUUCAAAAGAAUAGGAUAGCCGCUGAGAAACGCGGAUAUCACCAAAGAUACCGGUCACACAUUGCAGAGGGUUCAGGUCAAUUGAUUUUCUCACAUAAAAAGUUACCAAAAAUAUUUACUCUUAGAGACACGCUAGGCACGAUCCCGAUUUUCAUUCGAACCAAAAAAUAUCAAGUCAAAACUAUUCGAAAGGUCGGACUUUUCGUACGAAAUAUUUCUAUCAACCGCGACAAGUAGAGAUGCCGAUUCCCUUACCGACCAAGGCAUUGAGGGGCCUAUUCGUUCUGCAGGUAGAUCGGUAUCAGAUCGCUCACUGUUGUACCGACGGCUGCCGGUGACCUGUAGAAAGGGGCCUAGCGAGGACCUUGACCAUCGAUAAGAAAGAACACAGAGCGGCGGUAGACCUUGCAGAGAUUUAUUAUCCAAUGAGUUAGGGUACCGAUGAGGAUCAGUGGGACACAAUCGGCGUCGGUAUCCUGCGGUCAUUGAAAUAACUGGUUCGUAAUGAAGAGUCG